CCCCCCGGCCCCGCAGCCCCCUCGCAGCCCCCGCCCGGCCCCCCCGCGGCGCGCCCCCUAUGGCCGCUAUAGGGCGGGUGUAGGGCGCGGCCCCGCCCGGCGGGGGGAGGCGCCCGGCAGCGGCACCGGGCGGCACGGCCAUGGCGGAGAUCCGCGUGUUCCCGCUGGCCUGCGUGGUGCAGAACUACUCGUGGGGCAAGCUGGGGCUGCAGAGCGAGGUGGCCCAGCUGGUGGCCAGCGACGACCCCACAGCGCACAUCGACCCCGAGCAGCCCUACGCCGAGCUGUGGAUGGGCGCCCACCCCAAAGGCGACGCGGCCAUCCGGGACAACCGCAUCCCGCAGAAGACGCUGGGGCGCUGGAUUUCGGCCAACCCCGCCUGCCUGGGUGCCAAGGUGAAGGACGCCUUCCAGGGCCGCCUGCCCUUCCUCUUCAAGGUGCUGUCGGUGCGCAGCGCCCUCUCCAUCCAGGCGCACCCCAAUAAGGAGCUGGCGGCCAAGCUGCACGCCCAGUUCCCCCAGCACUACCCCGACGCCAACCACAAGCCCGAGAUGGCCAUCGCGCUCACCCCCUUCGAGGGCUUGUGCGGCUUCCGACCCGUCGAGGAGAUCUCCGCCUUCCUGCGGGCCGUCCCCGAGCUGCGGGCGCUGGUGGGCGAGGUGGCGGCGGAGCAGCUGGAGCAGAGCAGCGCCAGCCACGAUCCCCGUGGGGUCUCGGCCGCCCUGCGGGUCUGCUUCACCCGGCUGAUGAAGAGUGAGAAGAAAGCCUUCGUCGACCAGCUCAACACCCUGGUGCAGAGGAUUUCCCGAGAAGUGGACGAAGGGCAGGACACGUCGGGGAGCAACGGGGACCUGCUGCUGCGCCUGCACGCCCAGUUCCCGGGGGACAUCGGCUGCUUCGCCGUCUACUUCCUCAACCUGGUGCGGCUGGAGCCCGGCGAGGCCAUGUUCCUGGCGGCCAAUGAGCCCCACGCCUACCUGCAGGGAGACUGCGUGGAGUGCAUGGCGUGCUCGGACAACACGGUGCGCGCCGGCCUCACCCCCAAAUUCAUCGACGUGCUCACCCUGUGCGAGAUGCUCAACUACACGCCGGCCCCCAGCAGCUCCAAAAUCUUCCCGGCCGUGCAGAGCCCGCUGGACCCCAGCGUUUUCCUCUACGACCCCCCCGUGCCCGACUUCACGCUGAUGAGGAUCGAGAUCCCGUCCUCCAUCAAGCUGUACCUCGUCUCGGCCCUGGACUCGGCCAGCAUCCUGCUGGUGCUGCGGGGCACGGCCGUGGCCACCUCCACGGCGGCCGCCUCGGAAAUGUCCCUGCGCCGCGGCUCCGUGCUCUUCGUCUCCGCCAACGAGAGCCUCUCCCUGCGCCUCGCCUCGCCCGACGGGAUGCUGCUCUUCCGAGCCUGCUGCCUCCUCUGAGCCCACCCCAAUCCCAAAAAAAAACAAAGCAGCCCCGGCCCGGUGCCCGGCAGCCGCCCCCCACGGCGAUCCCAAAGCCGCUCGUCCCCGAUUCUGUGAAAAAAAAGCAGCUGGGCGCCCGCCCCGCGCCUCCCGAGGUGACUUUUUGGGCAGAGGGCUCGCGUCUCCACAGCCCUCACCGGUGCUGCUAACGCCCUGCGGCGGCGCGGGGCUGCUGUGGGGUUUUGGGGUUCCCCUCGGGACUGCUGCUGGCCCCGUGAGGCUCCCUCUGGGGGGUAAGGAGGCGUCGGGUCGGCCUCAGGCGGUGCUGGGUGUCCCACAGGGGGCUUACGGGGUGCUGGGCUGGGGGGUUGUGGGGUCCUGGUGCUACCAAUAAAGCGGUGACUUUGUCCUCA